AUGGAGUAUGAGGGUGUGAUUACAGUGAUGGAGUAUGUGGGUGUGAUUACAGUGAUGGAGUAUGUGGGUGUGAUUACAGUGAUGGAGUAUGUGGGUGUGAUUACAGUGAUGGAGUAUGUGGGUGUGAAUACAGAGACGGAGUAUGUGGUGAUGGAGUAUGUGGGUGUGAUUACAGUGAUGGAGUAUGUGGGUGUGAUUACAGUGAUGGAGUAUGUGGGUGUGAUUACAGUGAUGGAGUAUGUGGGUGUGAUUACAGUGAUGGAGUAUGUGGGUGUGAUUACAGUGAUGGAGUAUGUGGAGUCAGAGUGUCGAGGUGGUGGAGACACCCAGCCAAGGUUCUCCUCCUCUCUGCCCACCUACUUUCCUGUCUACUGCCAGCUGCAGGGCGCCGACUCCUCCUUUUUCCUCCGGGAGGCAGGACAGGAAGUGAUGCGUAAUGGCAGCCUGCAGACGCGCACCGAGCCCUUCUUCCUCCACCAACCAGAGGCGGGCGCCGUCCCCCUGCCAUUCGUCAACUGUAGCUACGGCAACCUGACGGCUGAGGCCCCCGUGCCGCUAGAGCUGCUCCAAGGUUCCCCGCGCCUCCUUGGCCCCUCCCCCACCCACAUCACCCUCAACUGGAAGGUGCGUGCCCAUGUGGUGAGCCGCAGGGUGGGCUCAGCACGCCCCCUCGUCCAGGUGCUGUUCUACCUGGCUGGCCGCCGCUGGGACGAGGCAGCCCCCCUUCCGGAGCAGCUGCCCUGUGUGCGGGUGAUAGCGGUGCGGGAGCCCAGCGAAGCCUCCCCAUCGGCGGGCUGCAGGUUGAAUGAGGUUGGGGGUGGCGUGGGGAUCUGUGUGGCCCGCUUGGAGCUGCCUGCUGGCUGGUUCACCCCGUCACCAGGACGGAAGAGGCUCCCGGAUACAGCCCUGACUGGAGUGGAACUGUACUACUCUGUACAGCCCCUAGAGGGUGAGAGCGCGGAGUGCCCAGCCAGUAAGGAGCAAUGGAGAGGGCAGAGUGGAGCAGUGGGUGACAUGCAGAGUGCUGGGCCCGUGGGGCUGGUGGUGGGGCCAGCGAGGCCCAGGGGGGAGAGGCUGAGACUGGAUGACAACGUGGAGAUCCUGGUGCCUCCCAGCCCUAUCAGACUGGGACAGAUGGUGUGCUUCGGGAUCAGCAUGAGUUCUGUCUCUAGUUUGGAGCAGUUCACUCUCAGAGCCCUGUUCAGACAAGGAGUCAACUUUGUGUCAGUCAAGCCCAGCAACGUGGAUUCCGCCUGGGAGAUCAAACAGGAAACGCUACCCGGAAGUCCCUCCUUGUCCGUGUUCUGCCAGAGGAAGGCCAGCUCUACAGGGGAAAGGUUGGAGGGCUCCUUUUACGAGGUGAUGCAGGUGGAGUUUGAGAUGGACAACAUCAUCAACCUACAGUCUACCCAGACCAUCCAGUGGCAGAUCGAGUAUCCCUCCACAGGCACGCAGGCAGAGGCCGUCUCCCACCUCUACAUCAGCCAGAGAGACAUCCAGGGCAUCGUACCCCUGGCCGAGGACACAGAGAUCGUGAACACGGCCAUCCUAACAGGCAGGCGUGUUGCAGUGCCGGUGAAGGUGGUCACUGUGGAGUGGGACGGUACUGUGAGGGAAGUGGACGAUACGGUCGGCUGUACGUCCACCGACGAGGACGUGGUCAAGGUGUCUCCUGGCUGUGAUACAGUGCUUGUGAACGGGAAGGAGAUGCGGGGUAGACAGUCUCUGAUGGUCAACUUUACCUACCUGUACCUGAGCACCCAGCUGGAGCUGACUGUGUGGGUGCCUCGUCUGCCCCUGCAGAUGGAUGUGUCUGACACGGAACUCAGCCAGGUCAAGGGAUGGAGGGUGCCCAUCUUUUCCAACAAGAGGCCCACCCGCGACAGUGAGGAUGACGAGGAUGAUGAGAGGAAGGGCAAAGGCUGCACGCUACAGUACCAGUAUGCCCUGGUGAGGGUCCUCACCCACUUUGUGGCGGAGCCAGCAACCCCUGGCGGGGAGCUGGUUUACAUGCUGGGGGUGGACUGGCAGGCAGACAUCACAGACCUGGUUCUGGACUACCUGAAGGUGGAAGACCCACGCAUUGCCCGGCUGCUGGAGGGACGCGUCCUGAUGGGCAAGGACCUGGGCAUCACCACCAUCCAGGUCCUGUCCCCUUUGUCCGACUCUAUCCUGGCAGAGAAGACCUUGACGGUGAAGGACGACAAGGUGACCAUCACAGACCUGGGGGUCCAGCUGGUAGCGUCUAUAACCAUGACCAUGCAGUCAGGAAGCAACCAGGCCAUCGCUCUGACCACUACCGCCCAGGACCUGCUGCACAGCCCAAAACAGGAAGCUGUCAUCAGUGCCUGGAUCCAGUACAGUGACGGCUCUGUCACUCCCCUCGACAUCUACGACCCCAGAGACUUCACGCUGAGCGCCACCUCCCUGGAUGAGGCGGUGGUGUCCACCUAUCAGGAGCAGCCACUGCGCUGGCCCGUGGUGGUGGCCGAGGGUGAGGGCCAGGGACCGCUGGUCCGAGUGGAGAUGGUCAUCUCCGAGACCUGCCAGAAGUCUAAGAGGAAGAGUGUCCUGGGUAUGGGCGUGGGCAGCGUCAGGGUCAAGUUUGGCCAGAACGACGUGGAGCUGAGGGGCCAGAACGAGGAAGAGGGCGGGCUGGAUAACAGCACCAGAGACCAGAGACAGAAGGGCCUGGAGGGUGACAAGGCUGGAUCGGACGGCUGGAAGCACACCAACGCUGCUUCAGACCGUGAGGAGGGCGCCAUGAGGAAGACUAGCACCACCACUAAGACCGCUGUCACCCACCGGGCUGGAGGCAACAAGCACAGCAGUGGGGGCAACAACCGGGGGACAGGGGGCCAGAACGCCCCUGUGGACUACACCAGCUUCCCUGCCCAGGUGGACGUACCGGGGGGCGCGGAGAGCGACCUGUCUCAGACCCCCCGGGGCUUAUCCGACCUGGAGAUCGGCAUGUACGCCCUGCUGGGGGUCUUCUGCCUGGCCAUCCUGGUGUUCCUCAUCAACUGUGUGAGCUUUGCCUUCCGCUACCGUCACAAGCAGCUGCCCGCGCUGGAGCAAGGCAACAUGAACCACGCCCACGACUGGGUGUGGCUGGGCAACGAGGCCGACCUGCUGGAGCACCACAGUGACCAGCGCCAGUCACCGCACCAGGACGAGUGCACCACCAUCAUUGAUCGGAGUGAGGGCUACGAGGAGAGCAAGUAUCUGCUCAACGGAGGGGGUAAUGUGGAGGUGCAGAGGACCUCCACCCACGGCCAGACCCUCCCCCGCUCCCUCUCGGAGCCCCGGCAGUGUGCCGGCAAGGACCCGGUGGGCAAGACCGAGCCUCUCAACAACUCCCCCAGCGCUGCCAAGCGCAAGCGUGUUAAGUUCACCUCCUUCGCCACAGUGCUGCCUGACGAUGGGGGGCCCUACACUAACUCCAUCCUCAUUGGCAACGAGGACAAUAUCAAGUGGGUGUGCCAGGACAUGGACCUGGGUCCGUCGGCAGAGAUCAGAACCUACAUGGAGAGGCUACAAGACAAUCUGUGAGAGAGAGAGAGAGAGAGAGAGAGAGAGAGAGAGAGAGAGAGAGAGAGAGAGAGAGAGAGAGAGAGAGAGAGAGAGAGAGAGAGAGAGAGAGAGAGAGAGAGAGAGAGAGACAGGCAGACAUAGAGAGAGAGAGAGAGAGAGAGAGAGAGAGAGAGAGAGAGACAGGCAGACAUAGAGAGAGAGAGAGAGAGAGAGAGAGAGAGAGAGAGAGAGAGAGAGAGAGAGAGAGAGAGAGAGAGAGAGAGAGAGAGAGAGAGAGAGAGAGAGAGAGAGAGAGAGAGAGAGAGAGAGAGAGAGAGAGAGAGAGAGAGAGAUGGACAGAGCUACAAUGCAUCAGACAGAGAGGAACAUGAUUAAAACUCACCUAUAAUGCCUUUGGUCUGGAGGAUUGAGAUGAUAGGACAUUGGAAGGUGUUUGAGAGGAUGAUGGGUAGAGAGAAGAGAGAGGUGGGUAGAGAGAAGAGAGAGGUGGAUAGAGAGAAGGACAGGGGAUAGGACAGAAGGUGACCAGGAAGAGAGGACAGAGGGUGGGUAGAGAGAAGCACAGGGGAUAGGACAGAAGGUGACCAGGAAGAGAGGACAGAGGGUGGGUAGAGAGAAGGACAGGGGAUAGGACAGAAGGUGACCAGGAAGAGAGGACAGAGGGUGGGUAGAGAGAAGGACAGGGGAUAGGACAGAAGGUGACCAGGAAGAGAGGACAGAGGGUGGGUAGAGAGAAGGACAGGGGAUAGGACAGAAGGUGACCAGGAAGAGAGGACAGAGGGUGGGUAGAGAGAAGGACAGGGGAUAGGACAGAAGGUGACCAGGAAGAGAGGACAGAGGGUGGGUAGAGAGAAGGACAGGGGAUAGGACAGAAGGUGACCAGGAAGAGAGGACAGAGGGUGGGUAGAGAGAAGGACAGGGGAUAGGACAGAAGGUGACCAGGAAGAGAGGACAGAGGGUGGGUAGAGAGAAGGACAGGGGAUAGGACAGAAGGUGACCAGGAAGAGAGGACAGAGGGUGGGUAGAGAAAUAAUAUUACAAAGAAGGGGGAGAGGGUUGCAAAUGGUUCUAGACAGUAAAGCUAGAGAGUGAAGAUAUAUGGACAGUGUAAAUUUACAGAGAACAUUAGCUCUGAGGACAUAUUGAACAAAUAUGUGGUUAGACAGCAGUGCAAAUGAACACACAUGAACUACAGAGUCACAUAGAAUAGCCUACAACGUAAGUGAUUCCAGAGUCAGAAAUUGAUUUGUUUCAUUGUAGUCGUCUUUUUAUAUUUAUAACAACAUUUGUUUAGGUCUGAAGUAAUACAGAUACAAAUUAUAUUAUGUAUUGUGAAAUUGUUUUGCCUCACAGACAUGACAAUUAAACCGUGCAUAAUGGCAAUUUAGAAUAUAAUUGUCAUAUUUCAGAAAAUUAACAUGACAUAUGUUGGCAUACUAGUCUUACACAACAGCCUGUGGUGUCAAUACUCUCAAUUCUCAGUUGCCAGGAGAUACUGUAAAGGUCAUUUUUUGAACUGUGAAUUUCUGGAAGUCCGUCCUCCUUCUUUUCUCUUUGGAAUAUGUCCUCCUACUCAGAGUAAAUGCACAACAACACAGUACUAACUGGCCCUAACCUUUGAACCCUGAAGUUGUCAUCAUCAGAGCGCAACCUGUGUGAAACAAUCUUUUUUUUUUUUUACUAUGUCACAACAACAACAACAUGUAUAAGAAGCCGAGUGUAGACGGUGUUAUUUGGACAGUGUGAGGACAACUCUGUGGUUGCCCAAACAACACAUUGUUCUGGAAUUCUGAGUUCUAAUAGGAGAAUCUUGGAAAGAAAUGUUAUUCCAAGACUCCAAGACAAAAGGGUAUUCACUUGCACAAUGGACGGAGACUGAACGUAGCCAAUGGAGUCUGUUCUCCUGUUAGUCUAAACUAGCCUGAGCCUGGCCUCUUCACCUUGUAUCUGGACAGGAACGCAAAGACUGCACAACAGGCCUGGGACCUCCACAGAGCAAGUCAGGGCUUUCCAAACCCUGGAUGUGUAUGUACUACUGAGGAUGGGAUCUAAUGUAAACAAUGUCCUGUAGGACUACAAAGACCAGAGACUCUGUUGUGUUCAGUACACUACAGAACCCUAACAGAACCUGCAACAGUGGAUUGGCACGUCCGUCAGAGUAUGUUGUUGUGUCUCCCCCCCCAUACGUUUUUGUCAGGCUGUGCAUUUAUGAACUUUGGAACAUUAACCGACCCCAACCCCAUGUUUCUUCCUCUUUUGACAGAUUCUAAUGUUUGAUUUUGAAAGAUGUGAAAGAUCUGUCGUUCGCCCCCCCCCCCCCCCCCC